AUGGUCCUGCUUUUUCACAAAUUGGAGGAUGGUUUGGAGCUCCUCCUCUUCACACAUGCAGACAAAAUCAUCAUCUUUGCGCUUCAGGCCUGUUAUGUCAACUUACUAGGACAUGAGCAUUGGCAUUCUGCACCCUGUCACCUGGCAGCCAUACUGAUCAUGACCACCUGCUGUGGCCCAGUCUCGCCCCUGCACGGACCACCGGCGACUACGGGCUCAGCCUUCUCGGCCACGCGCACCGACAGCAUAGUCGGCGGCAAGCAGAGCGUGGUGACUUUCAACAAACUGGCUGUCAACAUCGGAAGGGACUUCAACCCGGACAGCGGCUACUUUCGCUGCCGCAUCCCGGGAGCCUACUAUUUCUCCUUCUCCGUGGGGAAAUUCCCCAAGAAAUUGCUGUCUGUCAUCCUGGUGAAGAACGGGCGGGAGGUGCAGGCCAUAGUGUACGAUGACUACCGCAGGAAGGGCCGGAAAGUUGAAAGUCAGAGUGUCAUGAUCCCGCUGGAGCAGAUGGACACAGUGUGGUUGCUGCUGCAGCGCAGUUCUCAGUAUGCUCUGUACAGCAAUGCCGGCUCUUACAUCACCUUCUCGGGUUACCUCGUCUAUCCUGACGUUUCUUCCAGCACCUACAUCAGCAACCACCUGACUCCUCACUCCAACUGCCCCCCUCAGGCCGGGUCCUGGGCAGAGCAGCCACGAUCCGCCUUCUCGGUGGCACGGACUACACCCGUUAUAGGUCAGAGCAGCAAGCAGAAGCACAAGUCACCUUUGACCUUUGAUGUGGAAUACGUCAACAUCGGGGGGCAUUUUAACACAUCCUCAGGCAGGUUCACUUGCCGCUUCCCGGGGGCGUACUAUUUUGCUUUCACAGUGGGGAAACACCCUCACAAGGCCGUUUCCGUGAAGCUGAUGACCGGGACGGGGCAGGUGCAGGCCAUGGUGUUUGACGAGGACACGUCCAAGAGGCGGGAAAUGCAGAGUCAGAGCUUGCUGCUGUCCCUUCGCCAGGGCGACACUGUGUGGCUGUACAGUCAGCAGAACGAGCGCUAUGCGGUGUACAGCAACCAGGGCAGGUACAUCACCUUCUCUGGCUUCUUGGUCUAUCCUGCAGCCUCUCACUCAUACCACUAAUACGGACUUAAAAGUGAUAUACACUUAAUGGGGACUUUUCCUGCAUAGAGAAGUGUAUAAACAUAAAGUGUUUACUUUUUUUUUUUUUUUUACAAACCAAAGAUCAUUUUAUGUGUCUGGUGCAUUGUCGUGUAUGUCCACAAGGUGGUAAUCUGACACAAGUAAUCGCAGAAGUUUUAGUGAUGUUUACAUUUGCCAUGUUUAACAACAUGUUUAAAGGUCACAGGAGUGUCCAAACAGUGAUGCAUUGUAAUGAGUUAUAGAAAAAUAAAUACAAUUGGAAAAAUAGAGCAUUAAGGCACAUUGUAAAGACAACACGCUGAAAUGUUGAUAUACUUAGAACAAAAAAUAACACAAAGAUUUGUCUUUAAAUAUGUACGAUAUAGAUACAAUAUUAUGUUGUUUUUUUUAGCCUUUUAAUAAAAAUAUGCAUCAUAACAAAAAGGGUAAUAUUAAAAAAAAUGGAUGGAUGUUGAUAGUCCAACUCAUACUGACUGGUAUACACGAGCUAUGGAGCUGAUAUCAGUAGAAAAAACUGCAUUUAGUUUAGACAAUAAUUAGUCAUAUAUUGGAAUAUGGGAUCCAUUAUUUAAAUUUGUUUUAACUACUAAAUGAACGUAAAAUCUUCUUUUAUCUUUGUGGAACAUAUUGGACACAAUGUGUUGUCAAAUUUAUGAGAUGCGAUGCAAGUGUAAGCCACUCUGACACUAUUGUUCAUUUUUUAAAUGUUUUUAUAAUAUAAAUGAGGGAUUUCUAAUCACUGCUAUGUUGGAGUUCUCAUUAAUAUUGAUACUGUUGUUGAUAUCAUUGGUUUUUUGUUUGACUACUUUUGGAUUGUUUUGUGUCAUGUUUGUGUGUCCUCUCAAUUGCUCUGUUGAUUGCUAUUCUGAAUGUUGCUGGGAUGGGUUUGGUUGUGGAAUUGGAACUGUAUUAUUAUGGUAUUAUUGUGUAUUAUUUUGUUGGACUGAUAAAUAAAAAUGAAAAAAUAAAUAAAAAGAUAAAAAUAAAAAUUUAAUAAAUACAGUAAUAUCUUAUCGUGCGCCCUUAAUUGGUUUUGUGAUGGAGCUCUUAACUCAAAACACUUGUAACUCAAAUUAACGUCUCAUAUUGAAAUUAAUUUAAUUGGUGCUUGUCCCACCUUCCAAUUUUUUUUAACAUGUAACCUUUUGAAAAUAAAUCUAACUUUUUCAUAAGAAAUUAGCCACAUGUUUGACCUGGUCUACUUUAAUGUUUUACUGAUACUUGUAUUUUAACAUCUCUUUACUUUUCUCUGUUCUUAUGUUUAUUAAGUACUAUUAUGUGUUUUUAUAUAUGACAAUGACAAUUUCAGUGCCAUCUGUCUCCUGUCUUGGUGAGCCAAAGACAAUUUUCCCCUGCGGUGGACAUUCAUCCAUCCAUCCAUUUUGUAACGCUUGUCCCUCCUCAUUGCAGGGCCAAUAAAGAUUUAUUCUUAUCUAUUCUAAAUAUUCUAUGCAAAACAAUAUAAUAGAACAAUGGCUCUCCAAGUACCACCAUAAUGACCAACAUUAAAAUACAGUAGCGUAGUAGGCCCAAGUAUUCAUGAAAAACAAGGCAGAGGUUUUAUUCAACAAGUAUAUUUAAUGUUUUUGGCCACUUUAACGUUACCCAAAGUUUGAACAGUAACACUGUGUUUGAACUGGUCUACUUUAAUGUUUUACUGAUACUUUGCCCUUUGAGACAUUUGUGAGUAAGGGAAACAUAAGUAAACUUUGAUUAAAUGAUUGAUAUUGGAAAAUGAAAACACUAAUCACUUAAUUAAAUGAUUAUUUGCCAAACCAUUAGAUGGACCCUGCGUACCACUACUGGUACCGUACCACAGUUUGAGAACCACUGCAAUAGAAUAUACUACUAAAAACUACAGUAGUUGCGGCUCCAGACAGAUUUUUUUUUUUGUAUUUUUGGUCCAGUAUGGCUCUUUCAACAUUUUGGGUUGCGGACCCAAAAUGUUUUUUUUGGUUAGAUCCUAUGGGUUUCACUGUGACAUUUGUUACGCCAACUAAAGGCGGGUAUGCUUGUAACUGAAAUGUUUGCUUGUAACUUAAAGCAUAACAGUUAGACAGAAGCAGCUCUUAUUUCAAAACAUCCUUAAGUUAAGGUAUUACUGUAUAUCAAAUUAUCUAAUAUAUGUGCCCCCCCCCCCGCAUCCUUUAAUGUUUCCGCAUGUUAUGUAACACAUUUCUAUAGUCAGAAUCAGAAUAGUUUUAGUCAAUCAAUCAAUCAAUGUUUAUUUAUAUUGCCCUAAAUCCCAAGUGUCUCAAAGGGCUGCACAAGCCCCAAUGACAUCCUCGGUUCAGAUCCCACAUCAGGGCAAGGAAAAACUCAACCCAGUGGGAUGACAAUGAGAAACCUUGGAUAGGACCGCAGAUGUGGGGGAAUCAUUUUUGGUGAUUUAACCCCCAAUUCCAGCCCUUGAUGCUGAGUGUUAAGCAGGGAGGUAAUAGGUCCCAUUUUUAUAGUCUUUGGUAUGACUCGACCGGGGUUUGAACUCACGACCUACCGAUCUCAGGGCAUAUUGCCCAAUAUGUGGCAGAAAAUGAAUAAAAACGUUAGUACCCUCA